GCCCAGAGGAGGGCAGGGGUUGGAGUAGCAGCUCGCUACCUCCCAGCGAGCGCUGCAGCCCGGGGGUUUGCAGGGCACAGGAAGGGGCUGGAGCAGCUGGGGGGCGGGGGGGGGUGUUGCAGGGCACAGGAAGGCAUUAACCCCUCCUUGCCCGGCCGGGUGGGCUUCUCUGGCUGCAGUGGCGCCAGCUCAGGUCUGGGUUAUUGGGGGGUUCCUGCUGGAGGGAGAGGGACAGGAAAUACUAAAGAGGUGGCAACUUCUGGGGAGUUAGGGCUGGAGGGGGCAGGGAAUACCCUGGGUGAGGAAAGGGAGGGGGACAGAGUGUGACAAACCUGCUGGGACUUGUUUAACGUGGAUCUAGAUUCUAGGAACAAACACUUGGAUGUUGGGGAGAAAAUUCCCUAAUUUGUGAAGCAGGAAAUAGAGAAACCAACCCCCUGGGCAGGGCUGGGAAAACUGACCAGACUUCCCUCAGCCUGCUAGCCAGGGACUAGUGUGACAUGGAAAGGGGGCACCCACCAGGGAGCUGUAGGGAAGAUGUCCCGGCCCCUCACAUCCAGCUGCUGGCAGUGGGGAGGGUGUUGGGUUCCUACCAUGGGGUUGUAUCAGCCUCUGGCUAGUAGGUGUGUGAUGGAUCUGCAGGCAGAGACAAGGGGUCUCUCUUUGUUCUCUCACCGUGGUGCCCCUGGCUGCUGUCAGCAGUGUGGGGAUAGGACUCUGCCGACUGUUUCUCUCUCAGAGCUUCCAUUUGAUUGGCUCCUUUCCCCCAUGAAUAGUGGGGCUGUGAGUGGGGCAGCAGGUACCGAGUGUUGGACUCUCGCUCUUUAAGGGGCCGGUGACCUUUGAGGAGGUGGCUGUGUACAUCACCAGGGAACAGGGGGCUCUGCUGGACCCCACUCGGAGAGCCCUUUACAGAGAUGUCAUGCGGGAGAACUAUGAGAAUGUGACCUCGCUGGGCUACAGAUUAACAUCCACGUUUUGCUCCAGAUCAUCCCAUCCUCCUAGGGGGAAGGAAAUGGCUUCAAUGGAGCUGGCUCAGGGGCCAGUGACUUUCGAGGAGGUGGCUGUGUAUUUCACCAAGGAUGAAUGGGCUCUGCUGGACUCUGUUCAGAGAACCCUCCACAGGGAUGUCAUGCAGGAAAACUAUGAGACGGUGACCUCGCUGGUAGGGUUUCCAAUUUCCAAACCUGAUGUGAUCUCACAGCUGGAACGAGGGGAAGAGCCAUGGGUCCCAAACCUCCAGGGCUCUGAGAAGGAAGUGCUUCCAAGAGCUGCCUUCCCAGGUAGUGAUCUAUGUCUGGAUUCUCUCUAUCUCCCAUCAGGUGAUGAGAUGGUGAGUCAGAAUGAGGAGGAGAAACCCCAUCAGGAAGAUGCUGAGCAAGGAGAACCACAUGGAACUUUAUCAGGAAGAUCCAAAGGGAAUGUUUCCAGGAGUUGUGCACUCUCAGAAAAAACAAAAGCCUAUGAGACUCAGGGGAGGCCAGAGGAAAACUUUAGUAGCCUCUCAGACCUUAUAACAAGCUACAGAAUCAACUUGGAAGAGACACACUACAGGUGCCAUGAGUGUGGGAAAAGCUUCAAUAAGAGCUCACGCCUUAUCAGACAUCAGACAAUCCACACAGGUGAGAAACCUUAUGGUUGCUCUGAGUGUGGGAAAUGUUUCUUUAAUCGUUCAGACCUCAUCUUACAUCAGAGAAUCCACACAGGGGAGAAGCCCUACACAUGCUCUGAGUGCGGGAAAAGCUUCAGUCGGAGCUCACACCUUAUCAGACAUCAGAGAAUACACACAGGAGAGACACCCUACACGUGCAGUGAGUGUGGGAAAAGCUUCAAUCGGAGCUCAAACCUUAUCACACAUGAGAGAAUCCACACAGGAGAGACACCCUACACGUGCACUGAGUGCGGGAAAAGCUUCAAUCACCGCUCUACCCUUAUCACACAUGAGAGAAUCCACACAGGAGAGACACCCUACACGUGCUCUGAGUGUGGGAAAAGCUUCAAUCACCGCUCUACCCUCAUCACACAUCAGAGAAUCCACACAGGAGAAAGGCCCUACACAUGCUCUGAGUGUGGGAAGAGCUUCAGUAAGAGCUCACACCUUAUCAGACAUCAGACAAUCCACACAGGUGAGAAACCUUAUGGUUGCUCUGAGUGUGGGAAAUGUUUCUUUAAUCGUUCAGACCUCAUCUUACAUCAGAGAAUCCACACAGGGGAGAAGCCCUACACAUGCUCUGAGUGCGGGAAAAGCUUCAAUCCACGCUCAAGCCUCAUUAGACAUCAGAAAAUCCACAUGAGAGAGAAUUGUAUUAAAUACCUUGACUAGGUUGGCCAAAAAAUUUUUUUUUUAAAAAUCA